GGAGACUUACAGGGCUUAGUUCUCGAGAGCACGCUUAUUUUACGGGGAAAACAAUGAAAUGUAGCUGGCCUUAAUCUUUUUGUUUCUAUCCUAGCUGUUUGUUGUUCUCCUAGGAAAAGAAGGCUGUCACUAAGGCAUAGAUGACCGGGCCAGGAGCGGCUGUCUGUCAAAAAUACAGGAUCUUGAAGAGGAUCAAAUUAACUUUCCUUAGGGGAAGCCGCGCGUGUUAGAUCGAUUGAUUUGCUCGUGUAAAGAAGAUACAGAGGAAGAGGACGAAAAGAGCGCAGAAAAAGUGGAGAAAGGAGAGGAUUAAACCGCUACAGUAUUUGUUUUCAUUUCUCUUUCGGCCUGCUGCGUAGAAGCAAAAUACGUUCGUUGGUGGAAAUUGAUUAAAAAGGAAGAGGACGGCGACGCUGAAAGUCCGUCUCCAGGGAGGCUGCGCGCAUCGCUGACGGGAAAACCAGACAGGGAUUGGUGAGGCUGCGGCGGACCGGAGUGGGGGCUAUGCUUGUGGGGAAGCCAGCGGCAGACCCGGACUCCCCCGACCAAAGCGAUGGGGACGAGGACGAGGAGAGGCUGCUCCUGUGGCACGUGACACCCAGGCAGCCUCUGAGGAAAACCGCCGCGCAAAAUGGCGGCGGCGGCCUUCGGACCCACGCCUCAGUCCCGCAAGUCUGCGGCGGAGGCCACCACGGGAGCCGUAAGCGGGAAGUGAGGUUUUUUGAGGAAGUACUCGAGCAGUCGACUGCGGGGACUACGCCGAGGCCGAACACCUUUGCGAUGUCAGAAAGACCGUAUACGAGGAGGGCUGCGAGAGAGGAGGCGGUGGCGAGGGUUUCUGAGGAAAUACUCGAGCUUUCGACUGCGGGGAUCACGCCGAAGCCGAACGCCUUUGCGAUGUCAGAAAGACCGUAUGUGAGGAAGGCUGCGAGAGAGGCGGCGGCGGCGGGGUUUUCUGGGGAAGUACUCGAGCACUCGACUGCAGGGGUCACGCCGAAGCCGAACGCCUUUGCGAUGUCAGAAAGACCGUAUGUGAGGAAGGCUGCGAGAGAGGCGGCGGCGGCGGCGGGGUUUUCUGAGGAAGCACUCGAGCACUCGACUGCGGGGAUCACGCCGAAGGCGUACGCCUUUGCGAUGUCAGAAAGACCGUAUACGAGGAAGGCUGCGAGAGAGGCGGCGGCGGCAGAAGAGGAAGUGGAACCGGAUGGAGAGUCGCUUUACAGCCGGGUUUCAGAGCAGCCGAUAAGGAAAAGAAGGACCGAGCAGCAGCACCCCCAAGAAGAGUUGGGAGCUGGAUCCUCCAAAGGGGAUUACAGAACUACAAAGUCUAAGAACCCCAGUGCUAUGCAGAAGAAGGACCUACAGAUUCCUUUAAAAAGUUCUACCCCUUCUGGGAGAAGAUUCUCACUCACAGCAAUUAUAGCAAUUUGCAUUACUGCUGGUGUAUGGUAUGUAUUUCAGCAUUCAUCAGUUCACACUUUGGAAAGUGAUUAUAAAGCUCUACAAGCAUUUCAAAACCAAAUGAACAAGCUCAAGAACACCUACCCAAGUCAAGAUGCAACACUGUGGAAGAAAAUCCAAAUUACUUUUGAAAAACGUCUAAAUUCUUCUCAGAUUCAUUUGGAACCAGCUAUUUUAUUGUUCACUGCUUCAAAAGAAGCUGAAGAUGUGUUGAAAUGUUUAAGCAACCAGAUUGCUGAUGCUUUCUCAUUUUCUCAAGGCGCUCUUACAAUUAAAAUUGAUGGGGCUGGCACAAGAGCUCAAGAUAGUGAUGUUGUCAAACUUACUGUUGAUAAAAAGCUGAGCUCUGGUUUUGAGAAUGGUAACAAAGCAGCAGUAGUCCAUCGAUUUGAGUUACUACCUGCAGGUUCCUCCCUGAUUUUUUAUAAGUACUGUGACCAUGAAAAUGCAGCAUUUAAAGAUGUGGCUCUACUAUUAACUGUUCUUCUGGAUGAGGAGUCCCUGCAUAAAAACUUUUCUUUGUUGGAAGUUGAGGAGAGAGUGAAAGAUUUCCUCUGGGCUAAAUUUACUAACUCAAACACACCAAGAUCCUAUAACCACAUGGAUACAGACAAGUUGAGUGGGUUGUGGAGUCGCAUAUCCCAUCUAGUCUUACCUGUAUGGCCAGAAAAUUUUCUCCCUGAGGAGAAAUGCUUACAGAUGAAAUAACUUAAGAAAAGGGAGCAAGAAGGAAAUAUGAUACAACACAAUAUGUAUUGUAUAAAUCUGUUAGUGUUUGUAUAGUGAGAAGAUUGCAAUUUACUAAUCAUAAUUACUAAAGUAAAUAUGCGAUUCAAUAUCAAAAUAAGACUUCUCCUUUAUAAGGAAGCUGGAAAUCUCUAUAAAGAACUUGUAGAGCUUUAACACAAUUCUAGUGAAUUGUUGGAAAUCAGGACCCUGUACUGGAGGAAAAAAUCUUGAUUGCUCAGCCCAACCUACUUUGUGUGAUAGGAAUUUAUAAAGUAUCAAAGUCCUUUUGGAAAAUACUGUGAUUGUGAGCAAGAAGGUAAUGAAGUAUAGUCCAUGAUUCUGUGUUCCUAUCUGUGCUUGAAGUUUACUGGACUGCAAAGUUGAAGUUGAGACCAAGAUUUCUUAUUGCCUAAAAAUAAUUCUGUCUUAAUUCAUUUCCAAAAACUCUGCAUUCAAAAAGUCUUGUAAUUGUAAAUUCUGUAAGUUUCUGCUUUGGCUACAAGAUUAUGUAAGAUGUAAGCCUGUGUCCAGUCAAUCCAAUGGCAGACUGUUAGGGACCAUUUCUCACAUUUGAAAAUGGUCAGUAGAUGCAUAAAAUCUAUCCAGAUAAAUAUAAUUAUUUUAAUCCAAAAAUACAUGCCUCUUCAGUUUGUCUGUUCAGUUAGACAACUGAAGGCUUCAGAUUUAUGAGAAAUUUUCUGAGGGCAUUUUUGUACUUCUGGGUUGUCUAGCAGGAAUGAUGGAAGCCACUAAACUCGACACAUCCUUGACUUUUCAGCUUCAAUGAUAGAAGGGACAGCAAUUGUAAAUCCUCACCUUAAAAUGUUCUGUUCUAUAAGGUGUUUGAAGAUUUAAAUUUGAAAUACUUGGGAUAAGCAAAAAUUAAUGGCAUUAUAUCAGAAAAACUCACAUACUGCAGAAAUAAGGCCCAAAUCUAAUCUGAAAAUGUAUCAAAUGUGUGGUGCACAAAUUUGAAUAUCUCAUUCCUAACAACCCUGCAGAUCAUACAGCAGGCAGAACACUUUCAGAGCUUUCAUGAAUAUGUAAGCCUCAGGAUUUUGAUACUACACAAUUCUGAUAUCAUUAAGCAACAUGGAUUUCAUUGUGUUUGAGGAUCUUAUAAAACCUGUAAUUCAAAAAUA